UUGAUGGAUACGCGGACGGCGACGGCGGAGCUGGGCUGGACUGCCAACCCUCCUUCAGGGUGGGAAGAAGUCAGUGGCUACGACGAAAACCUCAACACCAUCCGUACGUACCAGGUCUGCAACGUCUUCGAGCCCAACCAGAACAACUGGCUCCUCACCACAUUCAUCAACCGGCGUGGAGCUCACCGCAUCUACACCGAGAUGCGCUUCACUGUGCGGGACUGCAGCAGCCUCCCCAACGUCCCCGGCUCCUGCAAGGAGACCUUCAACCUCUACUACUACGAGACAGACUCUGUCAUUGCCACCAAGAAGUCCGCCUUUUGGACGGAGGCACCCUACAGCAAAGUGGACACCAUUGCUGCUGACGAGAGCUUCUCCCAGGUGGACUUUGGUGGCAGGUUGAUGAAGGUGAACACAGAAGUGAGAAGUUUCGGGCCCCUGACCCGCAAUGGCUUUUACCUGGCUUUCCAGGACUAUGGGGCUUGUAUGUCUCUGCUGUCCGUCAGGGUCUUCUUCAAGAAGUGCCCCAGUGUGGUGCAGAACUUCGCCAUCUUCCCGGAGACGAUGACGGGAGCGGAGAGCACCUCUCUAGUGACUGCUCGUGGCACCUGCAUCCCCAAUGCCGAGGAGGUGGACGUGCCCAUCAAACUGUACUGCAACGGGGACGGGGAGUGGAUGGUCCCCAUUGGGCGCUGUACGUGCAAGGCUGGUUAUGAGCCGGAGAACAACGUGGCUUGCAAAGCCUGCCCAGCAGGGACGUUCAAGGCCAGCCAGGGCACAGGGCUCUGUGUGCCGUGCCCCUCCAACAGCCGCUCCACCGCAGAGGCCUCACCGGUCUGCACGUGCCGCAAUGGCUACUACCGGGCAGAUUUUGACCCACCGGCAGCUGCCUGCACCAGCGUCCCAUCUGGCCCCCGCAAUGUCAUCUCCAUCGUCAAUGAGACAUCCAUCAUCCUGGAGUGGCACCCACCGCGAGAGACUGGGGGUCGGGACGAUGUCACCUACAACAUCGUCUGCAAGAAGUGCCGGUCAGACCGACGCGCCUGUUCCCGCUGUGACGACAACGUGGACUUUGUCCCCAGGCAGCUGGGGCUGACAGAGACCCGGGUCUUCAUCAGCAGCCUGUGGGCACACACUCCCUACACCUUUGAGAUCCAGGCUGUCAAUGGGGUUUCCAACAAGAGCCCCUUCCAACCGCAGCACGUCUCUGUCAACAUCACCACCAACCAAGCUGCACCUUCCACUGUCCCCAUCAUGCACCAGGUGAGCGCCACAAUGAGGAGCAUCACGCUGUCCUGGCCUCAGCCCGAGCAGCCCAAUGGCAUCAUCCUGGACUAUGAGAUCCGCUACUAUGAGAAGGACCACAAUGAAUACAAUUCCUCCAUGGCCCGCAGCCAGACCAACACGGCCAGGAUUGAGGGGCUGCGACCCGGCAUGGUGUACGUGGUGCAGGUCCGAGCCCGCACCGUGGCUGGCUAUGGCAAGUACAGCGGAAAGAUGUGCUUCCAGACGCUGACGGAUGAUGACUACAAGUCAGAGCUGAGAGAGCAGCUGCCUUUGAUUGCGGGGUCCGCAGCAGCCGGGGUGGUCUUCAUCGUCUCACUGGUGGCCAUUUCCAUUGUCUGCAGCAGGAAACGCGCCUACAGCAAGGAGGCAGUGUACAGCGACAAAUUACAGCACUACAGCACUGGACGAGGUGAGACAGCAGGGUCUCCAGUUCUUGGCCAUGGCACAACUGCUCUUGGUUUUCUCUCCCUUUUGCUGUUGCUCCCAUGUUUCCUGCAACAAGGGUCUCCAGGGAUGAAGAUCUACAUCGACCCCUUCACUUAUGAGGACCCUAAUGAGGCAGUCCGAGAGUUCGCCAAGGAGAUUGAUGUGUCCUUUGUGAAGAUUGAAGAAGUCAUUGGAGCAGGGGAGUUUGGAGAAGUGUAUAAGGGACGCCUGAAGUUGCCCGGCAAGCGGGAGAUCUAUGUGGCCAUCAAAACACUCAAAGCUGGCUACUCUGAGAAGCAGCGCCGGGAUUUCCUGAGCGAGGCCAGCAUCAUGGGGCAGUUUGACCACCCCAACAUCAUUCGACUGGAAGGGGUGGUGACCAAAAGCCGACCGGUCAUGAUCAUCACAGAGUUCAUGGAGAACGGGGCCCUGGACUCAUUCCUGCGGCAAAACGAUGGGCAGUUCACAGUGAUCCAGCUGGUGGGGAUGCUCCGAGGAAUUGCCGCCGGGAUGAAGUACCUUGCAGAGAUGAAUUACGUGCACCGAGAUCUGGCUGCCAGGAACAUCCUGGUCAACAGCAACCUGGUGUGCAAAGUGUCAGACUUUGGCCUCUCGCGCUACUUGCAGGAUGAUACAUCUGACCCCACCUACACCAGCUCCUUGGGAGGGAAGAUCCCUGUCAGGUGGACGGCACCAGAGGCCAUCGCGUACCGUAAGUUCACCUCGGCCAGUGACGUCUGGAGCUACGGCAUCGUCAUGUGGGAGGUGAUGUCGUUUGGGGAGAGGCCCUACUGGGACAUGUCCAACCAAGAUGUCAUCAAUGCCAUCGAGCAGGAUUACCGGCUUCCGCCGCCCAUGGACUGUCCUGCCGCCCUGCACCAGCUGAUGCUGGACUGCUGGCAGAAGGACCGCAACACUCGCCCGCGCUUCACCGAGAUAGUCAACACCCUCGACAAAAUGAUCCGCAACCCGGCAAGCCUCAAAACUGUGGCUACCAUCACCGCUGUGCCUUCUCAGCCCCUCCUCGACCGCUCCAUCCCCGACUUCACUGCCUUUACCUCAGUAGAUGACUGGCUGAGUGCUGUGAAGAUGAGCCAGUACCGGGACAGCUUCCUGACCGCUGGCUUCACCUCCCUGCAACUCGUCGCCCAGAUGACAUCUGAAGACCUCCUGAGAAUAGGGGUGACUUUGGCUGGGCACCAGAAGAAGAUCCUGAACAGCGUCCAGUCUAUGCGAGUACAGAUGAGUCAGUCUCCGACCUCGAUGGCAUGACAUCCCCUCAUUCAACAGGGAGGGGACGGGGAGGGCACGCAGCAGAGGGGGAGAGGUGGGAGGGGAGGAACUGACGGGUGCCGCGGGGCAGAGGUUGGAGAGGUGCCGCCGCUGCCCAGGGACUGCGACUGUGGAUGAAGGAUGUUCCUGGGACUCAUCUCUAGCUGGUGACUUCCGUUCCUCACCAACAGAAGCACACUUACUAAUGUCGUGGGGAACAGCGUAUAAAUACAUAUAAAUAUGUACAAAUCAUAUAUUUAAAAAAAUGAAAAA